GUGAAAGCAACAAACAACUUGGAAGUGGAUGUUAAGAUCAAUUCUGGUCUCAAUAUCCCAGAUCAAAGAAAUGGAAAAGACACAUACACAGUAUCUGUAUUUUGAGACUCUUGAUCACAUUGUCGGGUGAAUACCACACAUUAUGGGAGAGUUUCGUGAAGCCGGUCCAUCAAGCCGGACUGGGAUUGGACGAUAAUGGGAGCUGUGCAAACUCUCACUCAUGCUCUUCUCACUUGAGUCCCUGGUUCUUUAUCAAUCCAACUACAACCACGAGAUGAGAGCUGUAAGGGUCGCUUUGCGGCAAAUACACAGGCCCCCUCAGUCUUUCAUAAGGCUUUUGCCUGGGAGGACAUGGAAGCGCAGUUACACGACUUCAAUCUCCGCAGCUGAGCUUGACUUCGGCCAACCAGUCUAUGAAACUCAUCCGCACAUUCUCAAGCCCGGCGAAGUAACACCCGGUAUCACCGCCCAGGAAUAUGCCGACCGCCGCGCCAAACUGGCCUUCAGCCUGCCCGACGGCGCCGUGGCCGUGCUCUCCUCAGCCGAGGUCAAGUACCGCUCCGGCGCCGUCUUCCACCCCUUCCGCCAGGACUCCAACUUCCUCUACCUGACCGGUUUCUCCGAGCCAAAGUCCCUCGCCGUCAUCCGCAAGACCGGUCCGUAUCUAGGCGACUACACCUUCCACCUCUUCUGCCGCCCCAAAGACGCCUUUGCCGAGCAGUGGUCCGGCCCCUGGAGCGGCCUGCGCGCCGCCGAGGACGUCUUCAACGCGGACGAAGCAGGCGACAUCCAUACCCUCUCCUCCCUCCUCCCGCCCCUUCUCCGCUCCGCCGCCCGCAUCUACACCGACAUCCCUAUGCACCCCCCUGCCACGCCUUCUUCGUCUUCCCUCACCUCAAUCCUCCAAUCCCUCCCCACCACCCUUUCCACAGCACCCCUCACCCCGCUCAUCAACCACCUCCGCGCCAUCAAAUCCCCGGCCGAGAUCGCCCUCAUGCGCCACGCAGGCCGCGUCUCAGGGCGUGCGUUGACUCAGGCCAUGCGCCGCCCCUGGCAGUCAGAAAAGGACCUACAUGCGUACCUCUCGCACGCCUUCAAGCACGAUGGCCUGUCGGGCGAGGCCUACGUCCCCGUCGUCGCGGGCGGCCGCCGCGGGCGCAUGAUCCACUACACGCAGAAUCUGGCGCUGCUGAAGGAGGGGGAGACGGUGCUGGUCGACGCCGGCGGCGAGUACGGGUGGUACAUCACCGAUAUUACCCGGGUGUGGCCCGUGAGCGGCAAGUUUAGUGCGCCGCAGCGGGAUCUGUACAGUGCAGUGCUUAGGGUGCAGAGGACGAGUGUCGGGUUGUGUAGGGCGGACAGCGGGCUGUCGUUGGACGAGAUUCACCGGGCGACCGAGGCGGCGCUGCAGGAGGAGUUGAACAAGCUGGGGUUUGAGUUUGGCGGCGGGAUGAUGACAAGGGCCGGGGACAUGAUGGGCGUGUUGUUUCCGCAUCAUGUCGGGCACUAUGUCGGGCUGGACGUGCAUGACGUUCCCGGGUAUCCGCGGUCGGUGCCGCUGCGGGCGGGCCACUGCGUGACGAUCGAGCCCGGCGUGUAUGUGCCGGACGAUGAGAGGUUCCCAAGGCAUUUUAGGGGGCUGGCGGUGCGGAUUGAGGAUAGUGUGUGCGUGGAUGAGGAGGGGCCAGUCCUGCUGACGCCCGAGGCUGUUAAGGAGGUGGAGGAUAUCGAAGCGCUGAGGUAGCAAUGGCUUGUACAUCACAGUGUAAAGUCGUGUUUGAUAAACGAAUGUGCACGAGUAUCAAGGGGAUGUAUUGAUGGGUAUCUUGAUUCCGACCACCUCGAG